AUGAAAUUAUUAUCAUACAAUUCUUGGCUAUAAUCUUAAUCAUAAAAAGAUGGCAUCCAAUUAGAAAAUUAAGUCAAAUUUUACAAAGAAGCCUAUGAUUUCUCUUAAAAACUUGAAACCUUAUUGUAAAAUAGCAAUCAUCCAACAUUCAAUCAUUAUUAUUAAAAGGCUUUAUCCAUAUUCCAUAGAUUUGCCCAUUCAGUAUCUCUAAGGAAAUUUAAUCGUCAUAUUUAUAUGUUAGCAUCCCUUUAUCUAUCAGCUAAAGAUAAUGAUAUGUUUGAUCAUACAAUUGAAAUAGAUAAAUAUGUUAAAUGCUUUAUAGUAUAUUGUAAAGGUAAAGAAGGUGAAGACUUACAAUCUGUUUUGAUAGAGAAAAUUGUUGAUGCCGAAUCACAUAUAUUAUAAAUGAUAGGAUAUGAUCUAAAUAUCAUAGUACCAUAAGUCUAUUUUAUUGAAGCAAAAUAUAAAAUUACAGUAUAACAUGGAGAACUAUCUAAAUUGCAUGAGAGUGCAUAAAACUAUUUAAAUGAUCUAUUCUUUACGAAUGCUUGUCUCUAUUAUGAACCAAAAAUAUUAGUUUUAUGUUCCUUUUAACUUGCCUCUGAUAACCUAAAGAUGACUCUAUCAGAUCUUGAUUCUGGAGAACCAUGGUAUACUAUCUUUAGUAUUAAUGAAGAAAAAUAACAAAAAGACUAUGAAGAAAUUUAAGAAUUGUUAAAAUAUUAUGAAUAAUGUUUAUAAUUCUUAGAAAAAUGA